AUAUAUAAAUUUCCUCCCUCUUAACCAAAUUCAUCAUAAAAUUCACAGAUUUCAAUCGGUUAUAAUUACUUGAUACAAGUUUCAUACUUCAACAAUGGCGUUAGCUGUUACUUCUUCUACUUCAAUCGUUUUUUCAUCUUCUAAUCGUACAGAACAAGGUGUUCAGUUCAAUUCAAGCAAUUUUCAUCCGUCCGAUCGGUCGAAUCGAUUGCCAGCGGCUUUCAGUUUAUCCCAGAAACGAUCUGCGGCGGUGAAGCCUUUGAAUGCUGAACCGAAGAGGAACGAUUCAAUCGUUCCUUCGGCCGCUACCAUAUUUGCUCCUGAUGUGGUGGAGAAAUCAGUAGAGGUGGUAGACAUCGAGAAAUUGGCUAAAGAUCUUGAAAAUUCUUCUCCACUUGCAAUCAUGGAUAAAGCCCUCGAAAAAUACGGGAACGAUAUCGCAAUCGCUUUCAGUGGCGCCGAAGAUGUCGCUUUAAUCGAAUACGCCCACUUAACCGGACGUCCGUUCAGGGUCUUCUCCCUAGACACCGGAAGACUAAACCCUGAAACCUACAAAUUCUUUGAUGAAGUCGAGAAACAUUACAACAUCAGAAUCGAAUACAUGUUCCCAGACGCUGUAGAAGUUCAAGCCCUAGUAAGAACCAAAGGUCUCUUCUCUUUCUACGAAGAUGGACAUCAAGAAUGCUGUCGGGUCAGAAAGGUCCGACCUUUGAGACGGGCGUUGAAGGGUUUGCGGGCAUGGAUAACGGGUCAAAGAAAAGACCAGUCACCCGGGACCCGAUCCGAGGUCCCAGUGGUUCAAGUUGACCCGGUUUUUGAAGGAAUGGAUGGUGGGCCAGGUAGCUUGGUGAAGUUUAACCCUGUGGCUAAUGUAGCUGGAAAUGAUAUAUGGAGCUUUUUACGAACCAUGGAUGUCCCGGUUAACUCAUUGCAUGCUCAAGGGUAUGUGUCGAUAGGGUGCGAGCCAUGCACGAGGUCGGUGUUGCCAGGUCAGCAUGAGAGAGAAGGAAGGUGGUGGUGGGAGGAUGCUAAAGCUAAAGAAUGUGGGUUGCAUAAAGGGAAUUUGAAGGAGGAAUCGGUCAAUGGGAAUGGGAAUGGGAAUGGGAAUGGAAACGGGAAUUCCGCUGCGGAUAUCUUUGAAAGCCAAAAUGUUGUGAAUUUGAGUCGGACCGGAAUUGAGAAUCUUGUGAAGAUGGAAGACCGGAAAGACGCGUGGAUGGUUGUUCUUUAUGCACCUUGGUGCCCGUUUUGUCAGGCAAUGGAAGCAUCGUAUGUUGAAUUGGCUGAUAAAUUAGCCGGAAGCGGUGUGAAAGUUGGGAAAUUUAGAGCGGAUGGUGACCAAAAGUCGUUUGCAAAGCAAGAAUUGCAACUCGGGAGCUUCCCCACAAUUCUUUUCUUCCCGAAGCACUCGUCUAGACCGAUUAAGUAUGCGUCUGAAAAGAGAGAUGUUGACUCGUUGAUGGCUUUUAUUAAUGCUCUUAGAUGAUGAUGAUGAAAAGAAGGCUUGAUGUGUAUGUUGUGCAUCGAGAACUUGUACUUAGAUGUAUGCGGGAUGUUGAGCGGGUUUGGAAUGUGUAAAGAUGGUUUUGGUAGUUGUAUAAUAGAGUAAUAGUCGUACAGUCGUUUGUUUUGUUAGAGUUUGAAUCUUAAUUGCAUUUUGUACUUGGAAGUGUCUUGAUGGAGAAUGAUCGUUUCCAUUAUUGAGUCGUUAUUAUAGAUGUCAACAAGUUAUUUAUGAAAGAUGGGAGACUGAGUUUUGUUAUGGGAAUUCAUAUUUCCAUCCAAAACAAAAUAUAUACAUUGAUGAUUAUGCCCUUUUUUAAA